GCCACAAUGAGACAGGAAGGGCUGUGACGUCACGGGUCCUUUAACUAACUGGGAAGUGAUUGUUAUCAUCGUGCUGGGAGGGAUUAUUGAAUGGAAGGCGAAUUAAUACAAGUUAUUUCAUGGAACGUCUGUACAGGAAACAGAACCACAUGUACUCACAGAGGAUACUGUGUCUAAUGCUGAAUAUACCAAGAGCUAUGUGCUGAAGGAAAGGGGCCAGAGGUUAGUACAAUAUAUAUAAUAAUAUUUUAUAUAAGAGGGGGAAGAGGGGGGGGGGGGUCAAAAACUAGCCUUUAACAACCUUUUUGCUAUUUACAGCGUAAAGAUUCAGUAGAGUCAUUUUUAUUUUUUGUUUAUUAAAAUAUAAAAUGCAUUGUGGACUAUUGACCCUACAACAUGAGUGUGCAUCAGAUAAAUGUGAAUUUAAUUAAUUAUAAAGCAUCAUGCAUUAUGUUAGGUAUAUGAUUAUAUAGGCCAGCAGUCAGCUUAGGCAGUGAUUGCAUAUAUAAAUUGCAUUAUUGUUUUUUUGGUUGGUAUUUAGCUGUGUGUCAGUGCUGUACACCUGCUAAAUCAAUAUUAAUAUAGAAAACCACAGUUAAAUCAUACUUGGUGUUCCAUAUUUUCAUGUAUACCUUUUUUUUUAAUUGUAUGGAUUGGGGGAUUAAAGUCAGUGCAGUUUUGAUAUCAUACUACACAUUUCAAGGUAUAGUCCCCACUGAAACGUUUUUUCUGAAAACUUUGGAUAGUUAACGAAGGUUGAUCAGUAGUACAAGGUUCUAAAACUUGAUACUGAUUAUAAAAUUGAUACUGAAUUACAUGUUUUGACAGUUUUUCAUUAUUUAUGACAUUAACAUGUUUUUUUUUUUUUUUAAUUACUGGAAUGUACUAUGGUACAUUCCAUCUAUUAAAGCACCACUACAGUGCCAGGAAAACAUACUCGUUUUCCUCGCACUAUAGUGCCCUGAGGGUGCUCCCACCCUCAUGGUCCCACUUACCUUUCUCCAGCACCGGGCUGGGAGCUCUCCGCCUCCGAUCCUCCUCCUCUCCUCCCUUUCGGCUGAAUGCGCACGCAUUAAACUGCUAUGUUUAUAAAAAAAUGGGUUAACCCUAGCUGGACCUGGCACCCAGACCACUUCAUUAAGCUGAAGUGGUCUGGGUGCCUAGAGUGGUCCUUUAAUGUUUUUUGGUUUUUUUUUUUUGUAUUUUUGGAGCCAGAGGCUAAAGGUUGUGCAUUUGUGAGGAGACAAGUGUUCCCUUUGAUCAUAAAAAACAAACAAACAAAAAACGUUCUGCACCUGCCAUUUAUUGUCAUGUCUGUACAAAAAGUAUAUUUCCAAUCAUGCCUGACAGUCAUUUUAAAUACUAUUUUGAUUCUCUAUACAUUUUUUGUUUUUCUUCACUACACCCUACAACUUGGCUAUUCCGAAUAUAAAAUUCAGUUCCAAGAGUCAGGUGCAAAUAUACUAUGCUUUGUUUAUGUAUGUUUUUGAAUAUUUUAGGAUGCUACCAAUAUUUCGGAGAAAAGAAGGAUGGACAGACGUCAUCUUGCCUUUAAUAAAAAAGGGGACAGCUGGAAUUGUCUCCUGUUGUUGUUUUUUCUGUUAAUCUUCACCGUGGUCUCCAUCAACAUCUUUCUUUAUGUUUACCUCGAUCAAAUGUACAAGCCAUCAAAAUAUAGUCAGGUGGACCCCAGCAUGUGUCCACAAGGCCAUUUCAGGAUGGGAAGGAUGAAGGAUUGUUCCUCCUGGCUGUCCUGCGAGUCAAUCGGAAAGGAAGUCCGGAAAUUAAAACUCGUUGGUGAAGGGGCAGUUAAAAAGGUCAGUCCAUAUUGGGUUUUCCUGUGGUGAUUUAAGUAUUGUAUUGACACUAGGGAGAUAAUACAUAUGCAAGAAACUUUAAAGGGUUAAUCAUACUAAAAGCCCUGGUUUUGGUUAGAGUAACCCUUUCUGAGGUGACUUGACCCCCUUCCCCAGUUUAAAAAAAAAAAAAAAAAAAGGAUUACGAUAUUUAAGAAGAAAGCUUUGUAAAUACAAAAUGUUGACUGUGCUUAGGAUAUCAUUGCCAUCCAAAUUUGGCAGGCUUAUGCAAAAGUUCUCUUCUUCAUUAAAGGAACACUACAGUGUAAAUAAUACAAACAUGUUCCCCAACACUAUGGUGCUGAAAUAAUGUUUAGUUAUCUUGCUCCCCCCCACCCCCUCUGUGGAGUUAAAAAGUGAAUUUACUUACUUAGCUUUUCUCCCUGUUAAAAUGGCUGGCUCCGCCUCAAUGGCUGAGGUCACCCAGAGGAAAGCAUUGGGAUGCCAACGUGCAUGCGCAUCAAAUCACCAUGCUGUGCCAUUCAGAAUCUUCUCAUUGAGAUCCAUUGAAUCAAUACAUCUCUAUGGGAAGCAUUCAGCUCAUCUUCAGAGGAUGGAGACGCUGAAUGUAGGUGAUACAAACAGUGCAGCACUGAAAUAGGAAGCAUCUCUAGUGGCCAUCUGAGUGCCACUAAAGGUGUUACUAGGCAGCAAUGUACACAGAAAUAGAUGUUUCUGUAGGUAACAUUAGAUGUAUUUUUUUUUUUUUGUUUUUUUUGUUUUAGGGCCUUCUAAAAUAUUACGGUAUCUUUUUUUUAAAUGGACCACUGGUCAUUUUAUACAGGGAUCAUGUCCUCUCUCAUUCUCAUGUGCCUAAAUUCAUCAUCCCCUAUUUUCAUCAAGCUGCUUUACAGCACUGUAAAAACUGUUGUCUGUCCAUAAAUUGAAUAAUUGGAGUAGUGUUGUAGUCUCUCUCCUAUUCCUUCAGUAUAAAUAAUUCCUGUCCUUACACAUUUAUCUGUGUUCUCUCCUCCACAGUUAAUCCAGUAUUUUUCUUGUGUUAUUUCAGGUUUUCUUGGCUGAAUGGAAAGAGAUGAAGGUUGCUGUUUCCCAGCUCACGCAGCCAGAGCUUCUGGAUGACUUUGUGCAUGGCUUACGAAUGCUACAGUCCUUGCAGAGUAGGCAUGUAGUGACACUUCUGGGUUUCUGUGAGAAGGAUCAUACCAUCUUAACAGAAUACCAUCCCCUCGGCUCCCUUAAAGACUUGGAUAAAACCUUUGCACUCCCGAGGUAUCAGAGUCUAAAUACGUGGCAGACUCGCUUUAGGCUUGCUAUAGACUAUGUAGGUAUCAUUAAUUACCUACACAAUAGCCCUCUUGGUGUGCUGGUCAUGUGUGACUCCAAUGACUUGAAUAAGGUACUCUCACAGUAUCUAUUGACUAGUGACUUCCAAGUGAUUGCCAAUGACCUGGAUGCUUUGCCUGCAGUAGAUAAAUAUAGAGGCAUAUUGGUCAAAUGUGGCCACAGGGAAAUUACAGGUGACUUCGUUGCUCCGGAACAGCUGUGGCCACAUGGAGCUGGAGUGGAAUUUUCAGAUGAUCUCAUGCCUCCUUAUGACGAGAAGACUGACAUUUGGAAGAUCCCAGCUGUGACAGAUUACCUCCUGGGUCAUGUGACAGGAAGUGACAUUGUCCGAUUUCACCUUUUUGACAUACACAGUGAGUGUGGAAAGCAGAACCCGUUGGAGAGGCCCUCAGCUCAGACUGUGUUGGAGACUUACAGAAGAGUCUUUACAUUGUUGAUGAAAGAUAUGGCUGUAUCCGAAACCAGAGAGAUGUUGUGAAGUGUUUGGGGUAUUAUAUCUUAAGAAAGGAAAUGUGUCCUUUGAAUUCUACAAACGUUUGUUCUUAUGUAGGUGAUAUUUAAGCCUGUUGCUACGUUUUGGGUUAAGGACAGCUUGAUGAAAUGUUAACUGUAGUCAUAUUUUGUCAGUUACACUGAUAUUUCACCAGUGCUAAAGUCACGCUCUUGAUUAACUUAUAAUGUGUUAAAAUAAACUUGUCACUACUUUCUAAAAUUACCAGUGAUCUCAACAAGGGCUAGGUUGUUACAGAAUCCUUCAGAAUUUUCCUUCAAUGUCCCUAAAAGUUCAUGGCUGGCUAACGUCGGUUCUGUGCAAAACUGAGGCCUGGCACCAGCAUAUACAACAUGCCGAUGCCAAACAGCCAGUGGCUAUACAGCAUCCCUUAAGUCCAUCCUCCCUUCCCCCUCAUGUGAGCGAGUGACAUCAGGCAGGGAGGAUCUUGCAGUCGGGAGACCUUGGACUCUGUGAUGGGAUGGAGGUGAAUUUUACCGUUUUAUUUUUCAUUUGGGGGUGAACUUCCUCAGAAAGGGUUACUUUAAUCAAAACUUUUAUGUUCAUAAAACACUGGUUUUGGUUAGAGUAACCCUUUAAAUCAUGGGCUGAUAGUUUCACAACUUCCAGUAUAUUGUUUUAAUUGAAAUGAUGCUAAACGUUGAUUUAAAAAAAAAAAAUAAUUUUAAGUUAGUCUUAUCACACUGGAAGAUGUAUUGUGCUGUCAUUUGGGGUAUGGAGUGCUAACAUAGUAUAGUUUGAAUGUAAACUCUAGAUAAGGUAGAAAUCUCUACCCAUCCAAAUCCUGGAGAAGGGCGCUUUUAGAAAUGUUAAAUAAACUAACAUUAAAUAUGUAUAAUACAGCAUUGUGAUUUGACCAAUCUGUUGUUAGUACUAAAAUGAUUUAUUUUUUGUUGUUGUGUUGUAUGUUUUAUUUUUAUUUUUUUUUGUUCUCUGAUGCCUUCUCCCUCUGCACAGCUAACACCAGAUUACAUCCUAGUGCGAAAGUAAUCUCCUGUCAUCUGAUUCUAUUUUUCUUCUCUGAACAUCAGUUUAGCAGGUCCUACUACAAUAAUUCAGGAAUCUUUGAAACCGUGCUAGAGACUGGAUUCCAUGUCUGCUUUCACACAUUUCAGCUGGAGAAGAAAAUUGUUCGUCCUCUACAAAUGUGUAGUUUAAAAAAUAAAU